GGCCUCGGCUUGAUCAUCUGGGGGUGCGGCAGUGUGUGUGCAAUGCCAGCAUCAUUGGAUGACGUGCGCAUAAACCAAGGUCCUGCUGCGCGGAUUACAGUUAAGGAGCUGGGGUCGCUGCAACUACCAUGCUCUUAUGAAGUACCCUUCGCCUAUACACAAAGUAAUAGCGUCACAUUGAGGUGGCGCAAGGAUGGAAAAACGCUGCGCCAAGCUGAGUUGGGCCAGUUCAGCGGAACAACCAGCGAACCUCAAUUGGAAGCGAUGCUGCGGGAGGACUCACGCCUUACGCUGAACAAGGAAAGCGGGGCACUACUGUUUUCCAGCGUCUUGGCCAGUGAUGCUGGCCAGUAUCAAUGCCAAUUGCUGGUCGACGGGCAACCCACUGUUAGCUCCAAUAACGGAAUGGUAGAGGUUAUUGAGCAGCUUAAGUUUAUGCCGCAGCCCACGUCAAAGAACUUGGAGCUAGGGACGGUGGGCAAAGUGCAUUGCAAGGCUCAGGGCACUCCCACGCCACAGGUCAAAUGGUUGAGGGAAACCCAGUUGCCACUGCCAGAAAAUGUUUCCGAUCACAAUGGCACUUUAGUUUUUCGCAAUGUGACCAAUUUGCAGCGGGGCCAGUAUACCUGUAUUGCGUCCAACAGUCAGGGAGAAAUCAGUGCCACUGUCUCCAUAAACGUGGUGAUUGCGCCCAAGUUUAGCGUGCCGCCAUCCGGACCCAUUGAAGUGUUGGAGCAGGGUUUGGCCGUGAUGCAUUGUCAGGCCACGGGGGAACCAAAGCCCACCAUACAAUGGGACAGGGAUCUGGUGUAUUUAAAUGAAAAUAAUACGGAUACGGCACGGUUUCGACUAUUGGAGAAUGGCACGCUUGAAAUACACGACGUACAGCCGGAGGACGAGGGACGCUACGGUUGCACCAUUGGCAGUAGUGCGGGCCUCAAACGCGAGGAGGUGCUACUCGUGGUCCUGACCACUAAAUCUACCUCAAACUCAAUAAUCACGCGCAUCAUCAUUAUCAUCAUCUGCCUGGCAUUUCUCUAUUUCGUGCUGGUGCUGGGCCUCAAGCUCUGGUAUCGCUAUCGACGCCAUCUGGGCAAGGUCCAGCUGGACGAUGGCGCACAUGUGGCUGCGGGACACGAGAAUGCCGAACACGAGCCCUGUCUCACCGAGGGAAACUCGAGUAAGAUUCCCAAAAGCAAAUUCCGCGAAAGCACAAUUCUGGAGCAGGAGUCUCAGGUGGCCGAUGACAUUGUCUAAAUGGUCGGACCCAAUCCACACAAUGCCGCUUUCCAUGAUCUCUUGCCGCAUCUGUUGGCUGU